UCUCUCUCUCUCUCUCUCUCUCUCUCUCUCUCUCUCUCUCUCUCUCUCUCUCUCUCUCUCUCUCUCUCUCUGUCUCUGUCGCCAGGUUUCAGCGUGUGUUGUCAUUUGUCCCCAGUAUUAAAGCCUUCCCCAGCUACUGGUCUACAUUCACUUAGAACCUCCUGCUCUGUACAAGUCUCUACUGGGCCAUACUAGCUCUGCUCCUCCAGCCUGUACUGAGGAUCAUGAUGAUGGGGAUGUUGAAGAGGUCUCCUGUCUGGAUCCUGCUGGGUCUUUCUCUGGUCCUGGCGGUCCGAGGAGAGCAACAAACCACCCUGGAGCCCACCAUCCAGGAAGAGAUGAUCACAGCCAAGAAGGUCUCGCUCCUGGGAGGUUGGAAUCCGAGGAGCCCAGAGUCUGAGGAGGUCCAGGCCGCCGCCCUUCAUGCUGUUGAGAAGUUCAACGGCCAAUCAAAAUCCAAGAAGACAUUUCAACUGGUAUCCAUCACCUCUGCUCAGUCCCAGGUAACCAACGUGAUCAACUAUAAACUGAAGGCCAUCUUGGGGAAAACUGCAUGCCUCAAGUCUGAAACCAACCAAGUGGACAAGUGCACUCUGGGACACAAGCGACUGGCCUGCACGUUCGAGGUAAGCUUCAACCCCCGGAAGCAGGUUCACCAACAGGUGGAGUCUUCAUGCCACAAGAUGGUGUCCCCCUCCUUGCCUACCGCCUCCCCCCCUCUGUCCCUCCCACUGGACAAUGCCUCUCCUAACUAGUGAUGUGCGAUUCAUGAACGAUUCGUUCUUUUAGAACAAAUCUUUUGUGCAAUCCGGUACGUAUGAUUAGUUUGGAUAUAUUUUGAACUAUGGAUACAUUUGGAUUAUAUAUUACUAUAUAUUCAGAUGUAUUGGGAUUAUAUAUUACAAUAAAUAUUGGGCUAACAUUUAAUAAAGUAGCAGCAUGGUUUUUAUUGUCGGUUUGAUGGGGCUCGUUAGCUUUUUGGCCAUGCUUUUAGCUUGUUGGAACCACGAGCGUGUUACUAGUUUACUCUUUACUUUUCAUGUAACGAUCAACAAUAAAUUCAGUCACAACAUUUUAUAAUUCAACAAAAAAUAAUCCUGAAUACAUUGCAAUGCAUAAUAUGUAAAAUUUCCGCAAUAAAAUUUCAACAAAAUAAUUGA